AUGGGCGCUUGCUGCUCACAGCCUAGCAGUGCGAAGUAUGAAGCACCUGCCGGAAGCUCCAAGUCAACCAGCAAGCCCACUCAACCGAAGCCGACGAAGCCAAGUGUUCCUGACUUUGGCCUUUCGGGAACUCAUGAAGUUAUCAAGCUUCUAGGCCGCGGGGGUGAAGGUGAAACAUGGCUGUGCCGGGAUAAGCAAGCAGGCACGGAGGUGGCCAUCAAGCUUAUUAAGCGGCCCAUUCCGAAGCCGGCUAUUCAGGUCAUCAAGCGUGAAAUAAAAAUACAGGCGGAUCUGGGUCAGGGCCACUUGAACAUUGUCAGCGCAGACGAAGUCAUCCUUAGCAAGUCGCACCUUGGGUUAAUCAUGGAGUAUGUGCCAGGGGGAAACAUGGUAGGAUACGUGACGAAAAAGCGUGAAACCAAGUCGGAGCGCGCGGGUCUGUGCCUGGAUGAAGACGAGGCGCGGUACUUCUUCAGGCAGCUGAUCAGCGCUGUGGAGUACUGCCACCGCAACAACGUGGCCCACAGAGAUCUGAAGCUGGAUAACACUCUGCUGGACAACCAUGACCCUGCCUGGCUGAAGCUGUGCGAUUUCGGCUUUGCAAAGCACUGGCAGGCCAACUCCAACAUGGACACGAUGCGCAUUGGUACACCUGAGUACAUGGGCCCCGAGCUCAUCAGCAGCAGGACUGGCUACGACGGAAAGAAAGUGGACGUGUGGGCUGCCGGCGUGCUCCUUUAUGUCAUGCUUGUUGGCAUGUUCCCAUUUGAGACGCAGGAUGACAACUUCAACAACACGGCUGGGCUGUACGACAUUUGGCUCCAGCAGAUCAAGACCAGUUGGCGGGAGGUGCCCAACAAUACAUCUGCCGCUUCGCGGCUAUCCCCUGAACUUAAGGAUUUGCUGGAUAAGAUGUUCCAUGUAAAACAGGAGAGCCGCGCCAGCAUUGACACCAUCAAGGCACAUCCCUGGUUCAAUAAGCCUCUGCCGGCCAAAUUUGAGGAGUCGCUCAAGGUGCAACAUUUGGUGGAGGAGCUGGAGGAGGAGCAGCUGGUGAUUGACGAGCAGGUUUCUAAGGGCGCCUUCCACAGUGCCGAGAGGGACAAGGCGCUUGAGGCGCUACUGGACCGCGCCGUUGUGCAAGCAUUGCCCACAGAGGAGGUCACGCGGCUGAGCUUGUCCAAGAUCAAGCGAGCGUACAGCAUCCUUAAGGCCAAGGGCAACGGGGCCGCCAUGGCGGCGGUGGCGGAGGAGGAGUGA